UUAACAUAGGAAUUGCGCCCGGAACUUGGACCAAUAAACCGCAUCAUCACGCCUGUCUGUAUUCCAAAAGCAGAGCCUUUUUGAACCAAUUCACAUUUCAUCCCCUCCCAGAAUCUCAUCCUCUUAACAUUUCUGAUUUGUUUUCUUCUUGAUUCACCGGAUCUGACAAAUUCAAUCGUUACCUACUAGUCAACUAGCUGGUUGUAGGUCAUUAUCCAUUUUUUUUUUUGCCUUGCCUUCGUGAAGAAUAUGUCGAGGACGACGGCGGCGUCUUAUUGGUGUUACCGAUGCACGCGCUUCGUCAGAGUAUCGGCGGAAGACACCCUUUUAUGUCCACACUGUGAGGGAGGAUUCGUGGAAGCCGUGGAAGCCAGCGAGCCUCCACCGCUGGGUACACGCCGGCGGUUUCCUGCCACGGCGAUGUACAUGCUUGGAAACAACGAUCGAUCAGAUCUACGCUCACGGCGUGGUGCUCGGCGUAACAACGGAGAUAGGUCUCCUUUCAAUCCGGUCAUCGUUCUUCGUGGUCCUGCGGAAGGUAACGGCGCUGUGGAGGAUUCGGGGGUUGGAGAGAGAGGUUUUGAGUUGUACUACGACGACGGAGCAGGUUCGGGUCUACAACCGUUGCCGCCGACGAUGUCGGAGUUUCUGAUGGGGUCAGGGUUUGCCCGAUUGCUCGAUCAGUUGUCUCAGAUCGAGAUGAACGGGUUAGGUCGGGCAGGACAUCCUCCGGCUUCAAAAGCAGCUAUUGAAUCGAUGCCGACGAUCGAGAUCUCAGAGGCACACGUUAGCACGGAAUCACACUGUGCUGUUUGCAAAGAAGCGUUCGUGAUCAGCGCUGAAGCUCGUGAGAUGCCAUGUAAACACAUCUAUCACUCCGAUUGUAUCCUCCCAUGGCUUACUCUCCGAAACUCGUGCCCGGUUUGCCGGCACGAACUCCCAACGGAUUCAACAGAUUCAAAUUCCAGCAAUCUAGAACGCUCUGAACCAACCGAGGAAGAAUCAUCAGCAGUUGGAUUAACGAUAUGGAGAUUACCUGGUGGCGGAUUUGCAGUUGGGAGGUUCUCUGGCGGUAGAAGAGCCGGCGUCGGCGGCGGUGAGAGGGAGCUUCCUGUUGUAUACACGGAAAUGGACGGUGGAUUUAACAAUAAUUCUGGUACUCCAAGGAGGAUUAUGUGGGAAUCAAGAAGGAACAGUGCAGGUGGAGAAAGUGGGAUAGGAAGAGCUUUCCGCAACAUGUUCUCGUUUUUCGGGAGGCUACGGCCAUCUUCAAAUUCAACCACCAAUUCCGGUGGUGCAUCAAUGGCUAGAAGCCGGAGUUUGUCCAGUUCUGUUUUCGGUAGAAUGACCAGGAGAAGAAGUAGAACUUGGAUUUUAGACGAACAGAAUGGUAUGUCCAGAUGGUAAAUUCCAGGUUUAGAAUCAGUGUUCAGUAUCAUAGCUUAUUUUAGAUGGAUCUUGUUCCAAAACAAUGGAGUUUGAGUACCAUGGGAAUCCAUAAUGGAGUCAAAGUUCAUUUAAAUUGGAUCUUCUGUUUAAAGCAUUCAAAUUCGAGGUAAAAAACAUGUAAAUAAAUUGGGUUCCAGAUUGAAAUCUUUCAUUCUUGAUGGAUUCAAGCUGGAGAAAAAUAGCCAAUCGAGUCCAAGAACUUGAUGAAUCAAAUGCAAAGAGAGGUUAGUCUUUUGCUACAAAAUCUAAAUUAAGGGCGUUUUGUUUCAAAACAAAAAAACAAACACGCCUCUAGAUUUUCUUUCGUUCUAUGUAGAUUUUGUAAUUCGUUUAAUUUAAGUUCAUUUCUGUUCUACAUUAA